AUGUCCGUACUGGAGUACACCUCAAAGUUCAACUCGCUCAGGACCUAUGCUCCAACCAUCAUGGCAGAUGACACCCUGAAGCUACAUCGCUUCAAGAAGGGUUUGAGUAGCCAAAUUCAAUCAGCAUUAGCAAUCUACAAGCCAACUAACUUCGCCGAUCUGAUGGGAGUAGCCAUUAGAGCCGAAAUGGACAUCAAACAACAUGAAGAAGAAGGCAAGAACAAGCGACCCCUCGCGAGUCAAUCUUCCCCAAGUGAACAAAGGUUAAAACGGCUCAACCUAUCAAGUGGCCAGUCCAAAGGACCCUCUUUCACUUUGCCCUCCCAAAGCAUUAAGCCAUGUUCUACUUGUAACUUUAGACAUCUUGGAGAAUGUCAUAGGAUCUCCGGUGUAUGUUUCAACUGUGGAAAAAUGGGACACCGAAUUACGGAUUGUCCUGAACCUAAGAAACAAGGGGUUGUAUCAAAUUCUGUUGUAGUCCAGAAUAAACCAAAGGAGAAUAAGCCCAAUGCUCAGGUGUUCGCCAUGACUCAAAAAGAUGUGGACAACGUAAGCAAUGUGGUGGUAGGUACCAUUCUAAUCAACAAAAUAACUGCCUAUGUAUUGUUUGAUUGUGGUGCCACUCAUUCUUUUAUAUCUAAAAGAUUCACUAUGAAGUUAGGACUCAAAGCUGAAAUACUUAGUGAACCAUAUAGAGUAGCUACGUCCAGUAAUAAGGCCAUCAAAACUCAUAAGUUGCAUCAAAGCUGUCAGGUCAGUAUUGGUAAUCAUACAUUCGAAGCUGAUCUAAUUCAACUAAAUAUGAUUGCAUUCGAUGCCAUUCUUGGAAUGGAUUGGUUGGCCAAGAACCAUGCAUUAGUGUAUUGCCACAGGAAGAGCGUCAAACUUCAAACUUCAAGCCAAGAAGAAAUCAUCUACCAUGGCAAGGCCAAGGAAAAGAGAUUGCUUCUGUCCGCAUCUCAGAUUUGGAAAGCCAUGAGGAGCGGUGAUGAAAUCUAUCUAGCUAUGAUAAGUGAGGUGGAAGAGAAUACCAAGACUAGGCUAGAAGAAAUUCCAAUCGUUUAA